GCUUCUUUCUAAAGUAUGGAUCCCUGCGCUUCGGACAGGGUCUCGCGGUGUGUCCCUCCUCCCUGCAACCAAAACAGCCAGACGUAGAGCUUAGGGGGAAACGACAAUUUCGUUUCUACACCUGUGGGAGGCAGCAAUGCACUAAACUGGGCCUAGUCUGCCCGAGAAAGAAGAAGCAGCAGAAGGAAAAAAAGAACAAGAACAUUAUUUUAGGCGGACUGACGGGCAGUUUGAUCUGCUGCUGCAGGAUUAUCUUCACAUCCUGCUGAUUUAUACUCUGCGGGUCUGUUGGAGCACAUCAUGCCCGGAUUUGAGCUCAGAGGUUCAGAGGAGGAGGCGAUGGUACCGGCUCAGAGGGUCCUUGUUACCGGGGCGACCGGUCUCCUGGGGCGGGCUGUUUGCAGAGAGUUUCAGAACGGCGGCUGGUUGGUCAUCGGUACGGGAUUCAAGAGAGCGAGGCCCCGCCUCCUCCGCUGUGACCUCACAGACGAGGAUGCCGUCAGAGGACUGCUGCAGGAGUACAAGCCUGACGUGGUGGUGCACUGUGCAGCAGAGAGACGUCCAGACGUCGUUGACAGACACACUGAAGCUGCCGUCAACCUCAACGUGCACGCCACGGGCACGCUCGCCAGGGAGGCAGCUGUCUGCGGGGCGUUCUUCGUGUACAUCAGCACCGACUACGUGUUCGAUGGGAGGAAUCCUCCGUACGGAGAAGACGACAGCCCGAGUCCUCUGAACGUUUACGGACGCAGCAAACUGGAAGGGGAGAGAGAAACACUCAGACACUGUCCAGGUGCCGUGGUGCUGCGGGUGCCCGUCCUGUACGGAGAGGUGGAGUGGGUGACGGAGAGCGCGGUAACGUCUCUGUGGCUGAAGGUCCAGCAGCCGGCGGAGGACAGUACUCUGGAUCACUGCCUGCAGAGGUUCCCCACAGACGCCCGGGAUGUAGCUGCUGUCUGCAGGAAGCUGUCGGAGAGAGGGAGACAGGAUCCAUCUAUCAGAGGAAUCUUUCACUUCUCGGCUAAAGAGCAGAUGACCAAAUAUGAGAUGGCCGUCGCCAUCGCUCAGGCCUUCAACCUGCCGUCCAACCACCUCAUACCUCUGACCGAGCAGCUGACUCAGCAGUCGACUCUUCGUCCAAUCAACAGUCAGCUGAACUGUUGUCGUCUGGAGCUCCUAAACCUAAGCGUGGAGCCGCGACCUUUCACCUCCGCCAUCACCGACUGUCUGUGGCCCUUCACCCCGGACAAAUGCUGGAGACAGACAGUCUUCCACUGAGAGACAGACAGAGCGACGGGUAGAGACAGCCAGCUAGAGACCGACGGGUGUUAUGACUUUAUAUCUGUACACAUGGUUUUAGUUUUUGUCUUUUUAUUUAAAAUGGUAUGUAUUUUGUUUGUCAAUGUGCAUGAUGUCGUCUUUCAACAUGACCAAUGACUUAUUUUGAAAAAGACAGUUCACUGUACGAUGUGAGAGGACAGACCUUUAGUGUAACGUCUGAAAGUUUAACAAGUGAUUCCGAGUUUGAGUUUUCACUGCAGGUUACAUAGUAUUCCAUGAAAAAUGCUGUUAAACAAAAAGUCAUUAAAUAAAAUACCUUGGAGGUAAUGUCUGUU